UCCGACGCCAAUAAAGGUGGCAAAGAUACUUCUCAUUGUGCCACGAAAGGAGUUUGACGAUCUACGGCUCAAAGAACUAUUCAUGACUCGGCCUGUUGUCCACAUUGAGAUCUGAAAUUAUUGAAUUUAGAAGUCUAAUUUCUAGAUGACGCACAACUAAUCGCCAUGAACAACCGGAUAUCUUUUAUGUAUUUUUGUUGCCUACGGUGCGAUGUUGCAAGAAUGACUCUCACGUCGUUUUUUUUUUGAAUCAGGCUACAGCAAUACGCACACACGAAGAUGUUACGCGAUUUUUAUCAUGGGCUGGACAGUUGCAGUUUCAGUUGCAAUAGCCGUGCUUUACUACUUUCGUUAGCAUGCAGCACGAAUACAUUACUAAAUUAGACUCAAAGUUAGCUUUUGAAUUUGAACGAAUGUACAUCGACGUAGCGGCGGAGAAAUAUUGACCUCGGCGUUCGCAACAUCGUUUUCCGUCAUUAGCUCACGACGUUUAACGUCUCCUAAGAACUUGAACAUGGGAAUGGGAUUCUUCUUGAGCACGAGUCUUAUUACAACCACAAGGACCUUCGCCUGACCUGAAGCCAAAGUGGCUCGCUGCAAAUACGCACGUAAAAUUGCGCGGGCCUGAGUUGCUUUUUCACGGUGGUCGAUUUCAUCUUGUCCUGCCUCGAAAACAAAUCAGCCCAGUAGAAGACAGCAUCGAUCAUGCGUGCCCGUCGCAAUUCCCAAUUUUCCGAGGACUCGGAGGACCUCCACGUGGGCCCCGGCCACGUCAAUCGCGAACUCCGCGAUGUGACGAGCCAGAGCUUUCCGGCGCCGAGGAUAGGCAAAACGUCGAACAACCGAUUUGAAUUCGACAGCGAGGAGGAGCUGCAUUUCGACCUGGCGGAUGUCGACGCGGACGAGCAGCGGCGGCGGAAAAACCGCGAAGACGCGAGCUUCGUGCAGUGGUGCUUCAUAUUCUCCUGCUGUCUGGUCUUUGCCGGGUUUGUGUUUUUCUUGCUGUCCCUCCGCGCGAACUCUUUGAACAGCCAGAAAUUCACCAGCCCGAGGCCGCCGCACCGAAGAGACGAACUGCUUCCGGCGCGAGAAAGGGCAGCAGCGGCGCAAAAGAAAAUUUCGCCGAAAAGAACAGUGGGAGAGGAUCAUGGUGCGGACAGUACAACAGCUGCUGGUGCUGCCACUCACACUAGCCACAGGAGUAGAGCAGCAAGCCCGAAAAAACCAAACCCGAACGCGAAGGGGAUUCCCCUUUCUGAUAAGCUCAAGGAGGAGUCUUUGGAGCGCGAAAGACUAGCAAAAAAAGAGCAGCACCAAACAGAAGAAGGGGCCCAUCCCCCCACGCAGCACCACAGCCACGGGCCGGACCAGCCCCACCCCAUGUCGCCGGCCCACACGGUAAAUCUGAUGAUGGAGAAGCGCUACGAAAAGCUGGUGAACGCCAUCGCGGACCGGCAAAGGGAACUGGCCAAACAGCCGAAUCCACCGGACGAAAACGACCCGAGUUUCCACCUCAUUCCCGUGCUGAAACACCAGCCGCGGCUGCGCGACGGUAACCUGGACCAUAGAAACGCGCCGCAGCCGGCGCUGACCUCGCCGAGGCAGCGCGUGGACUUUGGGUGGCGGUUCGAGAAUCCGUAUCCCGACCUACGGAACGUCGCGCCCGAAGCGUUCAUGGAGCAGGUGAAAAGCUCGGUCAAGGGAAGAUUUGCGAGCGCAGAGGACCACGUGCUGGACCUGUGUCGAGGCAGAAAAGCCCGGUUGCCGGAUGGCGAGGAAUACGUCAUGUACACGUUGAACACGGCGCAGAUGUGGAGACAAGCCUGCUUCAAUGCGUUUUACACGGUAAUAGAACUGGAGAAAUCUUGUUUUUUUCUAACCAGCCACCUGAAUGUUUAUUUUGCAGUGACUGACGCAUGGUUGUAUCUGCCCUUGUUGACGUGAACCCACCAACCGCGUUUGGUCUAGGAACGAAGCUACGAGUAUGACAAGUGCAAAUCAUUCCUUUACAUAAACAUAAACGAACUAAACUCACCGCACAGGUUUUCACGAAAGAGUACCAGGAGCAGCAGCAAAAUCCGCAACAGAAAGUCCUCCGCUUCGGGGACUUUAUCAAAAGAAAAAAGUUCGUCACGAUCACUCAUGAGCAUUUUUGCAAUACAAAAAAUGCCUGUCAUGCGUAAAAAUGCAUCACAGCCAAACUUCAUAGGAGAUUUCCCUUUGUGUUUCUGCAAUACAAGCAAAAGUUGUGAUGCUAAAAAAAUUUGUAAUGCUAAAUCUCCAAGUUAAUGACUGUGACAAACUUUUUUCUUUCUAUAGACUUUCAAUCACUUCACUUUUUCUUUCCCGACGGCAACUACGCGCCGCAGCCGCACGAGGGGUACCACGUGCCGCAGGGCUUCCCGGUUCCGCGACAGAGCAGCAUCAGGGCCAAUUCCGUGGACCAGAACGAGAUUCUCCGCGGCAUCAACGACAUGCUGGACGACGCGGGGGACGAGAAUUUGGUCUUUCUCACCAUGCACGUGAACCGAAACUUGAAGGAAUACCCUGGGUACGAAGUGCAAACCAUUGCGUUCUACGCCAUGGUCGGCAGAAGAGACAUCCGACCGGUGGAGGAGCAGAGCCGCUGGUGGGGCGCGAGCAGUGACGAGGAGGAUGAGGAGGAAAGGUAUUGAGAAUAUAAGUAUAGUACUUAGUUGCUUCAAUGAGGUUUCAGUCAUGCCGUUCACGUUCUGCAUUUGAAAGGAAGUUGAAGUUCUGCUAGGCAUUAUGGUACGAAUUCAAUUUUUUGAUUUUAUCCAAGAACUCUAGUAAGGCAAGUCAUCGCUCGAGGUUUGAUGUCAUGAUGGUUCAGCGCAACAUGAAAAAAUAUUUUAUCCUCUGCCGCGAAUGCAUUUCCUUUUCCUUUUCCACAACAGCGCCGCAGACCAGCAACACGCGGCUCAGCACAAAAAGCACCACCACUACAAGCCGAAAGUGGGCGGUGGCGUUUGGAAGGUGCAGGUGGCGAAGGACGAGCGGGGGCACGACGUGUGCCCCGGCUCCAUGGUCCAGCUUUUUGACACGCUGAACGAGAUGCGGUUCAGCAUUUGGCCGGAUUUUGACAUCACACUCAUCCUGGACGCCUCCUGGUCGUACGCGACCGGGGAUACCCAGAACGCGGAGUUCACAAAUGAGAACAAGCAGGCCUGGCUGAAGAGCAGCGAGAAGAUGCGGAGGUUUAUGCUGAAGCUGAUGGACCCGAACUUGAGCGACAACCAGAAGCUGCAGAUCCGGGCGCAGAUCCUGGAGGGCGUGAAGACCCCGGGCAGGAAUUGCUACCUGGCCCCAUUACUGGCGAAUCGGUACACAGAUUUGACUCGGAUGUCGGCCGUAACGGACAACUCGGUGGCGAUAUGGGACAAGCACACCUACCCAAACAUGAACGUUCCUGGGUUGUUCCCCGGAAUCAACUACUACAUCUUCUACAUGCCGGAAAUCAAGGCGGGCGAAAGGGGCGAGAGGUUCGAGUACGAGGGGGGAUUUGGCGUGCACGGCAGCCAGGGGCAACAGCAUCAGAAUUUUGUUGGCCCGCCGCACCCCGGCGGCCACGACAUUCAGCAGCAACUUCCGUAUGAAGAUCUUGACGAAGACAGCAGGUACUUUCACGUGGACCAAGAGGGCCAGCAGCAGUUUUACCACGAUCAACAACUACGUGGAACAAACAGUAGAGUACAGAAUCAUGCCUCACAGGAGGAUGAAAACUGGCACCAUUACGACAACCACCAACGGCUCCAACAAGAACAUCACUCACCAGGGCACCACCACCAGAAUCACUAUCACGCCGACGGGAAUCGAAAUCAUGAUGGAAGUAGAACGGAUCAACAUCUGCAAAGUCACGCGGGAAAUCAUGACCGGCAGCACCACCACCCGUACUCGCCGGAAGAAGCGGAGGAGUUUGGUGUUCCCGAGCAUAAUGGACAUGAGGAGUUCUACCACGACAAUGGGCAAUUUUACGACGAACACGACUACGACGAGCAGGAGGAAGCAAGAAGGGAGGAAGAGGAGAACCAAGCAUCUCGUCGACAACAUCUUCAAAAUAGACCUGCGCACGUGGAUCAUACACAGAGAGCGAACUACAAGAGGAGGAAUGGUGGCGACCUGGGUUGAGGAGACGUGCGCGUUUCUUCGAUCUAUGUAUACUUCUUCACGCUGCAUUUAUUCACGAGCACAAGUUGACAACUACAUCUCGACCUUUUCAAUAUUUCCCAUACGAAUUUCAUGCGACAGCACUUCUAGUUCUAACUCAACACCACGCUCGUUGGCGUUUUCGUUCGGCCCCGAACGACGAGGUUAUUCCCCAAAAUGAAAAUAUUAGGAGAGUUGUUCACUCACAAACUUUCAAUCAUCGUAAAGGAAAGCGCAUACAAGCACAGAUGAUUCGACGACAACUCAUCUUUACACGAUGGCACUUUUCUAUAUACACGACUCAAUGUACUGGCUUGAACCACAUGCCGCACAUACUUAGCUGCAAAAUGUACCAGGUUGAGCCGUUUAGAGCGACCCAUAGCGAAAAAUUUUUGCGAGGCGGCUUUUACAUCAAUUCAUUGAGUAAGAAGUUUUCGAACAGAUGCGCGGCAGAUCUCCCGCGGCCUGUGCUGAGCCUUCGAUAUGGACGAUUGUUCAUGAAUGCUCCGCCUCUGCCACCGGGUGGCCUUCUGUCACAGGUGACCCGUGAUGUAGAUGCAAGGC